AUGAAAGCCUUCGGAGCUAUAGUAGCUUCGGUUGCAUUAUCUUCAAUAUGUGAUGCUCGUCAAUUGGUUUUACCUCGAGAUGCAUCUCCCGAAAUUAUCGCUGCUGAAGUGUUAGCUGCACCGAUGUAUGCUAUCAAGCGUGCAUUACCGGAUUCACCAACAGGAAGCUACACACCAGGAGCAGUAGAUUGUCCUGAUACCAGACCAACAAUCAGGAAAGCGAGUGAAUUAUCUGCCAAUGAAACAUCAUGGCUAGAAUUACGAAGAAAUAAUACCAUUCAACCCAUGAUAACUUUCCUCGAAAGGAUGAACAUUUCCGGAUUCGAUGCAACCGCCUAUAUAAACAAGGUCUCCGGCAAUGCAUCUACGUUGCCGAAUAUCGGUAUCGCAAUAUCUGGAGGAGGUUACCGUGCAAUGUUGAAUGGUGCUGGAUUCGUCGCUGCUGCCGAUGAUCGAACAGCCAAUUCAACAAACACGGGACAAAUUGGAGGUCUUUUACAAGCUACUACCUACCUUGCAGGUCUUUCUGGUGGUGGAUGGUUGGUAGGAUCAAUCUAUACCAACAACUUUAGUAGCGUCGAAACUUUACGAGAUAGUUCUGAUGUGUGGAACUUCCAAAACUCGAUCUUCGAAGGACCUAACGAUGAUGGUAUUCAGAUCUUGAGUACUGCUGAUUACUAUAGUACCAUUGAGAAGGAGGUUUCUGGAAAAGCGGAUGCUCCUCUCAAUUUCAAUACUUCGGUCACCGAUUACUGGGGACGCGCAUUAUCGUUCCAAUUGGUUAAUGCUACAGACGGUGGACCAGCUUAUACAUUUUCAUCAAUUGCACUCCAGGACAACUUCGCCAAUGGCGACAUUCCUAUGCCUUUCCUCGUCGCUGACGGUCGUUCGCCAUACACCGAGAUCAUAUCACUAAAUUCGACAGUCUACGAAUUCAAUCCGUUUGAGCUUGGUUCGUGGGAUGCCACGACAUAUGGGUUCGCACCCCUUCGUUAUAUUGGAUCAAAUUUCACUGCUGGUUCCAUCCCUGACGGGCAACAAUGUGUUCGUGGUUUUGAUCAAGUCGGCUACGUGAUGGGUACUUCGUCCUCACUUUUCAACCAAUUUUUAAUUCAAGCCAAUCAAAGUUCGCUUCCAACUAUUGUCACCGACGCGUUCACUGCCAUUCUCGACAAGAUCGGAUUCAUCAACAAUGAUAUUGCGCAAUAUCAACCUAACCCCUUUUACGCAUUCAACAAUGAAACCAACCGCGAUGCCCAAGCCACUCAAUUAGAUUUGGUUGAUGGUGGUGAGGAUGGUCAAAACAUCCCUCUUUAUCCUCUCAUCCAACCUAUCCGUGAGGUAGAUGUAAUCUUCGCCAUCGAUUCCUCCGCCGACACCACCUACUUCUGGCCCAACGGAACCUCCCUCGUCGCAACGCACGAGCGUUCCCAAAACGCCACCAUCGCAAACGGAACCGCAUUCCCGUCGAUCCCCGGCCAAAACACAUUCGUCAACCUCGGACUCAACAAACGCCCCAGUUUCUUCGGUUGCGACCCCUCCAAUUCCACGGGCCCAACACCCUUAGUCGUCUACAUCCCCAACGCGCCCUACAUCUACCAAUCCAACGUCUCGACUUUCGACCCCUCCUACAACGCCACCGAACGCAAUCUCAUCAUCGAAAACGGCUACAAUGUCGCCACCAUGGGUAACUCCACCAUCGAUCCCGAAUGGCCCACCUGCGUUGCCUGCGCGGUGAUUUCCCGCUCGCUGUACAAGACCAACACCACCGUUCCCGAUGCAUGCACCGCCUGUUUCAACAGAUACUGUUGGAAUGGCACGUUGGAUACGAGCGAUGUGGUCUACGAUCCCGCCUACAUCGUCGGAGAAGUUUCCGCUUCUUCCGAUGCAGCAGCCCUGGGAGGAAACAAAUUCACAAGUAUCGUUGUUGCGGUUGCUGCAGCUGCAUUUGUUGUCUUGGCAUAA